AUGUGUAUCAAAGUUGAUCGCUGGUUCUACUGCCACGUGCAGGGACAAGGUCCUCCGGUCCCUCCAGAACGGGAACUUACCAAUACCCACGAAGGUUUCUGGACGCAUUGGCAGCAUGGAGAGACGGUGGGCCUUAACGAGCAAUACCAUAUGGACCUUCCUACCCUUAAAGGCUACCACUACGUACGCCACAAGGACGAACGCUGGAUCCGAUGCGCCAUGACCGAUGCCACAGCUUGUCUACAGUACCCUCUAGAGAUUCGUACCGAGCUGUACGAUAUCCCAUGCCCAGACUGCUCCCAAGAUGACCCUUGCGUCUUGUCUGCUCAACCCGUUCGCACUUACAAGAACCCAAGUCCCAACAUGACGCCAGAGGCCUUCGCCCACAUUGCUGAUGCAUAUGCAUACGAGAUCAUUACCCUAAUUACUUCUUUCUUCCGGAUGCAGCUCAAUCGCCUAGAACUCGAUGAGCCAUCCUGGAAUGUGCAUCAGCGCGGCCUUUACUGCACGCUGGACAGGGAUCACAUUGUAAGAGACACCCCCAUCAGGCUCGAGGGCCCUGUGGAAUACCCGUGUUAUCUGGACUGUUUCUGUACAGCUCGUCCUUGGGCCCAAAACACCUCGCGCGCAGCCCGUAACCAGGAUGCCACCCAGGUGAGAAUCAGGGGCGUUGACAAGUGGUUUCUCUAUGCCCAGAACGACGAGAACCCUCCCCUGUGGGCUAGCCGUCAUUUCGCCAGCAUGCCAAACCAGCUCUGGUUGAAUAUGCACGGGGAUGGCCUCCAGAGAUACGGACGUCUAGUGUCCCAGAUUACUACAGCCGUUUCCCAGCUCGAUCGACUUGGCCCAACCAUCCAGGCCGGAAGUGGCAGGAGAGGAAGAUUCAUGCCUUCAGCUUAUCGAGGAAUAAUCCGGUUGGGGCAGUUCACUGCGAUGAAACUCAUAGCCUGCCCCUGUCUCGAUCCUGGCGUCACUACCGACUUCCUCGACCUCCUCAUGCGUAACCACUUCCUCACCGCUCUAUGCCCUUUCCUCGGCACUACCAGGGAUGAGAAGGGCUGGAGAUACACUUUGAACUGCCAUCAACCAGCCUCGCCGGAAAUGGAGACGCUUCUGGUUCAAAGUGGACAUGCAUUUAGGGACCCCAGGCGGAAGGCCCAAGCCUCUCAGGCCGGGAUGCGACACACUCGACUUGUGAAUGCCCUCGAACGCAACCGUGCGAUUUGCCAUAGCAAUUCCCUCAUCAAGACACAAGUCGCCGAAGGUUUUGCUCACAGUUGGGUGGCCAACUCCUCGUACGCUGCAAGCAACACCAAGACCUGCCAUAUCUGCGCCGAAGACUUUGACAACGUCAACGCCGACUCCGAGAUUCCUCCACACCUUCGGGCUAUACAAACGCGCUGCUGUCACCAGUUCAUGCACGUCCGCUGUCUCAAGGGCACUGCUCCACGCAGGGAGAAAUGCCCCUUGUGCAACACGAACUUCGAGGACAUGGGCUUUUCUACACAAAGAUUCGCUCCACAUGAGCAGUUGGGGGAAGAGACUCAUAGAGGACACCUGCCUGAGGGCAUGAUGGAGCGUCCUAACACGCAUGAGAGGCGUCGCAUGGACGACAUAAUUGGCGUCAUGAUGGGUCUCCUAGAGGCACCGGCGGAUGCAAACGAUGGCCCUUGGACGUGA